GCCACCCUCUCCUCCAGCCGUCUCCCCGCAUCUUUUCACCGUCCCAAACAUCUCAAACCCUAGCCGCCACCUUCCACGCGCUGCCGCCGCCUCCUUCGCCGAGCCCGUCGCCGCUUCCAUCGCCGGGUGCGCCGCCUUCUUCGCCGGUGCCGCCUCCUUCGUCGUCGCCGCUGCCUCCGUAGGACGGCCUAGAUCGCCUUCAACCCUAGCCGUCGUCUCCUUCGCCUACUCCACCGCUCCGCCGUCGCCUCCUUCGCCGAGCCCGCGGCGACCACUUGGUGCUCGGGGGAGCUCGACGGGAUCCCUCACCAUGGCGUCGGAGAAGGAGGCGGCGCUCGCCGCGGUGCCCAACGACAACCCCACCAUAUUUGACAAGAUCAUUAAGAAGGAAAUACCUUCCACUGUGGUAUUCGAGGAUGAGAAGGUCUUGGCUUUCAGAGACAUAAAUCCUCAAGCUCCGACACACAUUGUGAUCAUUCCCAAAGUGAAGGAUGGAUUAUCUGGCCUAUCAAAGGCAGAAGAGAGGCAUGUAGAAAUACUUGGUUACCUCCUCUAUGUUGCGAAAGUUAUUGCAAAGCAGGAAGGACUUGAAGAUGGCUUCCGUAUUGUCAUCAAUGAUGGCCCUAAGGGAUGUCAGUCUGUUUACCAUAUUCAUGUACAUCUCCUUGGAGGCAGGCAGAUGAACUGGCCACCAGGCUAACAAAUUCCCGUCUGUUGAACAGCCUCAUAGCAAGGAUGUCCACUGCAUCUCUGUUGAAUAAUUCCUGUAACUGGCAUAACAAUUGGUGCCUUGAACUUGUGCUAUGUUUGUGGAAAUUAUCAGGACAGGACCAUCCUGCUGUGAUUUAUGGACAAGAAACAUUGCGUCUCUUACUUGUAUCAUUUUCCCCUGUUGAAUACUUGCGGUUGCGUGCGUCACUUCUGCAUGAUUCGGCUGCAUUUCAAGAGCCAUACAGUGAAUGAUCAUGUUCAGAUAGAGUUGAUAAACCUA